AUGGUCGUCAAGAUCCGCCUCGCCCGCUUCGGGCGCAGAAACUCGCCCUUCUACAACAUCGUCGUCGCGCACGCCCGCACGGCGCGCAACUCCCGCCCGCUCGAGGUCCUCGGCACGUACGACCCCGUCCCCAAGCCCGACCCCUACGACAGCUCCGGCGCUCUGCACAAGGACAUCAAGCUCGACACUCAACGCGCGCGAUACUGGAUCGGCGUCGGCGCCCAGCCUACCGACACGGCCUGGAGGCUGCUCUCGAUGGUGGGCAUCUUGCCCAAGAAGAUCUUCGGUCCCAAGGAGAACAAAAAGACUGGCGAAGUGCAGGCAAGCGAGGUUCGCAUUCGAUGA